AUGGCCAUUGUUGGUUUGAAAGCUGAUAAUAAUACUACUACGUCUCAAGGCAAUGCUACUUCUUUUUCAUCAGCUGUUGCUGAAAUUCCUUCCGCGGGAAAUGGACAAGUAAGAAACGAGACUGCUCCUUCUAACACUAAUCAAGUUGUUAUCAACAACAAAAACAAGCAUCAAGGAAGAGGAGGAAGCGGUGGCGGCGGAGGCGGUGGAGGCGGAGGUGGAGGAGGCUACUCAUGGGGAUGGGGAGGAGGUGGUGGCGGAGGUGGAGGUGGAGGAGGAAGAGGAGGAGGAGGUGGUGGUGGUGGUGGUGGUGGUGGCGGGUGGGGGUGGGGAGGAGGAGGAGGAGGGGCUGGUUGGUGGAAAUGGGGUUGUGGUGGUGGUAAAGGAAGAGGAGGAAGAAGGAAGAGGAGGUUUGAUGAGGCUGAUUAUGCGGUGGGGGAGUUUGCACAGUGCAUGCGUAAAGGGCGGUGUAAAGGCAUGAGAUUAGAUUGCCCUCUUCACUGCGGAGGGCCUUGCUACUAUGACUGCCAAUAUAUGUGCAAGGCUCACUGCAAACGACGUCGUUCCUGAUUCACUCUUGUUAACGUCUACUACGGCAUUUGUUUCGGACAGUCACAUUAAUCCUCCACGAUUAAGAAAGACUUGUAAUGAAAUUAAGGGUUACCUACUCAUUUUCUGGUUAUUCGGUACUUGCAAGCAACUAGCAUUGUUGCUCUCUCUCUCUCUCUCUCUCUACCUUUCCUUUUCUUUUUUUCCUUCUUGUUUUUCUAGUUUGUUUUUUUCCUUUCCUUUAACCUCGUUUUUGUUGUUGUCCAAUGUCUGCUGUAU